CAGGUGGUCCAAUCGCAAACCGGCUGGCAAUUUCAGGGUACAAGGGGCAUAUUUAUUAUGCCAAUUCUGUUGAAAAAUGUUUCUUAAACGGAAGCAAACUGAACGAAACGGGGAAGGACCUACCUGAAUUUGUCCAAUAGAAACUCUCGUUUUCGUUGGACUGAUGAUUACACCACAGUCUCGUAAAGUAGGUGAUAGGCGUUUGCAUCGAUACAACUGAAGAGAAAGCAGUAACAAGUAAUAUCGUGUGUCGGAUCAGUGGAACAACAGCGAGCAAACAGAACGGAUGGAACGUACGAGCAACAGUGUUCAACUAUUAGAUAAGCAGUUUGAUCAACUGUCUCCAGCGCUGGAUCCGCUACGUUAGGCCUGAUGGAGCUGGGCAGUCGACGAGCGCUGACCACUGGGGAACACACACCACACUCUGCCCCCUACUGCCAACCUUGAAGGGAGGGACCCUCCACUACUCUCCCCUUCCCUUCUCCCCUCUUCCUCCUCCACUUCCACACUACCUCCUCUGGUACACCUCCACCUCCCUCCAUCCACCCCCCUCUCCCUGGUCCUGAGAUGGUGAUGAUGGGGAAGCUGAAGCAGAACCUGCUGGUGGCCUGUCUGGUCAUCAGCUCAGUCACAGUCUUCUACUUAGGCCGUCACGCCAUGGAGUGCCACCACCGCAUCGAGGAGCGCAGCAGCCAGCCUGGGGUCCUCCUGGGGGGCUCGUUGGGCUCCUCCACCGUCCUGCGUGGCUCCAGACCCAGGGGCCACAACCUCUCCGCUCCAUUCGUCUACAACAAGGACAUGCCCCUAGUGUUCAUUGGAGGGGUUCCCAGGAGUGGGACAACGUUAAUGAGAGCCAUGCUGGACGCUCACCCUGAGGUUCGGUGUGGAGAGGAGACCAGGGUUAUUCCUCGUAUCCUGGCCAUGAAACAGAUGUGGUCGCGGUCGGGGAGGGAGAAGAUGCGUCUGGACGAGGCCGGGGUGACGGACGAGGUCCUGGACGCGGCCAUGCAGGCCUUCCUCCUGGAGAUCAUCGUGAAGCACGGCGAGCCCGCCAACUUCCUCUGCAACAAGGACCCCUUCGCUCUGAAGUCCCUCUCCUACCUGGCUAAGAUCUUCCCGCACGCCAAGUUCGUGCUCAUGAUCCGGGACGGACGCGCCUCUGUCCACUCGAUGAUCUCACGUAAGGUGACGAUCGCUGGCUUUGACCUGGGCAGCUACAGAGACUGCCUGACCAAGUGGAACAGGGCCAUAGAGACCAUGUACACUCAGUGCCUGGAGGCCUCAGACAAGUGUCUGCCGGUGCAUUAUGAACAGCUGGUCCUCCAUCCAGAGAAGUGGAUGAGGACGCUGCUCAAAUUCCUGGACAUUCCCUGGAACGAGGCGGUGCUUCACCACGAGGAACUCAUAGGGAAAGCAGGAGGUGUAUCCCUCUCCAAGGUGGAGAGGUCUACAGACCAGGUGAUCAAGCCGGUCAAUGUGGAGGCCUUAUCCAAGUGGGUGGGCAAGAUCCCUGCGGACGUACUGAGGGACAUGCCCGUCAUCGCCCCCAUGUUGUCCCGUCUGGGGUACGACCCCCACGCCAACCCUCCCAACUACGGCCGGCCGGACCCCAAGGUCCUGGACAACACCAGGAGGGUCUUUAAAGGUGAAUUUCAGCUACCUGAGUUUCUAAGAGAACAAUCUCAGCUUCAGAAGACUCCAGAGAAACUUAACCCCAGUUAGGAGAAGCAGCCAACACACCACGCAGAGCCAGACAAGGCACCGAUGGACAGAGGAAGACAUCCAAUAAACUCACCACCACCUUUAGGGGACCUCAUCCUCUUCCAUGGACACACACACAGUCGGCCUGUGUUAGUGGGGACCGGACCACCCUGACUUGGAGAACUCUCUUGGCCUUCGAUGUUGUACUGUAAACUAAUGAUGUGUUUGUCACAAAAUGGUGACCAGAGAAUGUUGCUGUCAUGUUUCCUUCCUCUUGUCUAGGGGCUGCAACAUUCCGGCAAAUUUUAAAAAGAUUUUCCAGAAAUCCCAGUUGGAAGAUUCCUGAGAUCAGCAGGACAUCUGGAAUCCUACAACCAGGAUUUCUGGGAAAUUUGAGAAAGUUACCAGAAUUUAUCAACCCUAUUCUUGUCACACCAUGCUCAUCUGGAUUUGUAGUUUUUGUGAUUUCUCCUGGCUAUAUAGAAAUCUGUGAUUCUGUUGUAAGAAACUACAGUGGACUUAAAAUGUAAAUCUAAAAAAGGACAUACAGUAUUUAUAGAUUUAAAUUGAGCUUUUUGAAGAUGCAAUAUCUAUUUUAAAGUUACAUUUUUGUUUUUCAUGCCUUUUUGUUUCGUGCAAUUCCAUGAGUACUGAUGUACAAGAUCCCAGUUUUUUAAGUAUUGACAGUGAUAAAGAUGGCAUUUUGUAA